AAUUGCCCCGCUACAGACAGCAGCCAUGGCCGAAGAAACGCCCCAGCCCAUCGUUCCGAUCCCACGAACCACCCGUCCCUUGAGCGAAUCUCUCCUCAACGAGAAGUGGGACCGUUGCCUCUCGUCGAUGCUUAUCCGAUCAGGCCUUGGUGUCUCUUUCGGUAUCGUCUUCUCCGUCCUCCUCUUCAAGCGACGCGCGUGGCCCGCAUGGGUUGGUCUUGGUUUCGGUGCCGGACGAGCCUGGGAAGAGUGUGACAACUCAUUCAAGCGAGCGUCAGCACCCUCAAAAGACGGUCUCCGCAUCGUCCGGCCAUAAGCCACGCAAAACAGGCUAUGACGAGACAGCAAGAAGCUUUGGUGUAAUUCAAGUUUGGCGUGCGACAGCGCACUGUAUAGUAGGGCAUGGUAUAGAUCGUUUGGGCAAUUGUAUGCUGUACAUUUGACUUUUCUUCACAGUCUCCAUCUAUCUGUCCGACAGAACAUGUUGCGUCGAGAGCAUUGAUUGGCAGGUCAUGAUUAUCUUGAAGUACUUUCCAUUCAAGUCGUUGUACAGCUUUCGAACACUUAUUACUCUAUAUUUCUUUUCCCCUUUAACUACUCUACGCAUGUAAACGUAGCCUUCCACCUCCCGCCAGCGAGACCCGCUACAACAACAUGCGCAGAAUCAGCCUGCACAACCUCCACCGUA